AUGGGAAAUAAUCUCUUUAUGUCUUCUUCUCCAGAGGUCCGAUAUGUGGACACAAAUAGGUCUGAGCUCAUCUGGAGGGUCCAGAGGGUGAUGGUGGUGACACGCAUGCUGCUGUCAAUGGGCAAGAUCAAUGUGGAGACAUAUUCACAGAUCAGGAGAGCUGGGACCAAACAGGACAGAAUGAGAAAGCUUUAUGAAGCACUGGAUGAAGGAGGAGAUGAAAUUAAAUCUGCGUUUUAUUCUGCACUGAAGAAGUGUGAACCAAACCUUACUUACCUAGAGUAUGGCAAUAAGAUUCUUCAGUACAAGUCUUCAGUCAUAAAAGAAUUUACUUUUGUGACCAAGUGUACCAUUCCAUCUGACGAAUGUGUGAAAUUGGCUGCCUGUUAUAUUAAACCAAUGAUCAUUCAGAGGAGCAAAGAACAAACUAAGAAAUACUAUCAUGAUCAUAUGAGGUCUGUGGAUGCUUCUGGAUCAAUAAAAUCACCUCCACUGUUAUCAAAUGACAAGAAUCAAAGCAUCAGAAUAGACCAGCUGUUCAGUCCCGACUGUGAAGGAAACAUACCGAAAUCUGUGAUUCUCAGUGGAGAUUCUGGAAGAGGGAAAUCCUUCACGUUACAGAAGAUCAUGUUGGACUGGGCAUCUGGAGAACUUUACUCUGAAAACUUUGAUGUUAUUUUUCUUUUACAUUUUGAUGAGGUGAAGUGCCUUUCUCAGAAGAUAAGCUUGAAUGAGCUCUUUAGCUGGAGUUGCAGUUUAACAAAAGAUCAGAUCUCAGAGAUACUGAAGUUAACACCAGAGAAAGUCCUCAUCUUUAUUGAUGCAAUUGAUGAGUUCUCAUACGAUUCACACAUUAAAAUGUCAUUGCCCACUAAUCCAUCACAGGAAGCCUUACCAAUGGACACUCUUAGGAGCUUGAUGAAUGGACAGAUCCUGCCUGAGUCUUUCCUGCUGGUUACCACCAGAUCAGAUGCUGAUACAGUGAUGAAUCUCCUCAAGGGUCCUCAGCGUUUUACUGAGAUUGAGGGCUUCUCUGAGAGAGGGGUGCAGGAGUACUUCCAGAAUUUCUUUCAGGAUGAGGAGCUCUGCAGGAAAACAUAUGAGAGUUUGAAGACAAAUGAAAGCCUCCUGACUGCCUGCUCUGUGCCUUUACUGUGUUGGAUGGUCUGUUUUUGUCUGAAGAAACACUUUACAGAUGAUGAUCGUGUGAUGAGAGAACUAAAGACAAACACCUCCAUAUAUGUGCACUUUGUGUCCACUCUACUGGAGUAUCAUGACCAGAGUCAGUCUGUCCUCACCAUGCUUUUGAGUUUGGGUCAUCUGGCAGAGGAAGGGAUGCUGGAUGAAGAAGUCUCCUUUAAUGACGAGACUGUUUAUGAGACAGGUUUAGAUGCUAAUAGUAUUCCGUUUCUGCAUAAAGAAUGUAGGAUUCAAGGUUUUAUAAGGAAAAGAAUGCUCAAAUUUAUGCACCUCAGCUUUCAGGAGUUCUGCAUCGCUCUUUUUUAUAUGUUUCUGUAUGAGGAAGAGUCCCAGAGGAACAUAAGAGACAUCUUAGCUGCUGAGAGAGCAAAAGGUAGACUAUCAAAUUUUGUCGCUUCAGUUCUUCAGUUUCUCUGUGGUCUCUGUAAUAAAGACACAAGCAGUCCAAUCUUUGAAAAGCACAACUGGACUGUUCCUCACAUCAUAAGAAAAGAGAUGGAGAGCACAAUCCUUACACUUCAGGAUGAAGAUAAACUAUUUGCUCUCCACUGUCUGUAUGAGCUGUGCUUCUCUGCACAGCUCCCGUUUGUUGCGGUUGCACGCUUAGAGUUUGAGCUCCGUGAGGACACGUUCGAGCUGCACUCGUUGCAGCUCGAGCUGGAGGCCGUGGAGAAGCAGAUCCAGGAGCUGUUGGUGCGGCAGACGGAGCUGAGAGAGCGGAGGGCCGCUCUGGAGUCCUCCCGGCUCCCGUGCACCCUGGACGCGAUCUUCCCAGAUGUCCUUCACUCCGGCGCCGGGACACCACGGACCCUGGGUGCAGCAGCAGCGGAAGACGCGAGCCAGGCCCCGGCCGAGGACCUCGCCGCCUCCGGUCUUCGAGAUCUCCACCCGGAACCGCUUCGCUCCCCUCCGCGAGACGGAACGCGACGCUGUGAUCGUCGGAGACUCCAUUGUCCGAUACCCGCGAUCCUGAAGGACGGCGAGAGCGUCGGCGCGAUCGUCCUGCACGCGGGGGGUGAACGACACCAGGCUGCGGCAGACGGAGGUUCUGAAGAGGGACUUCAGCAGCCUGAUCGAGACGGUUCGCAGCACGUCGCCCACGACGAGGAUCAUCGUGUCAGGACCCCUUCCCACGUAUCGACGUGGGCACGAAAGGAUGAGGAGUUUGUGAGGAGAGCUUUAGGAGAUUGGGUAUCCAUUGAUCUGUCUAAUGUUUCCCUGAGGAGCACAGACUGUUGGGUGCUGCUGUACUGUCUUCAGUGCUGUCCACACAUCAGAUACCUGAACCUCAUGUACUGUGAUUUAACAGCUGAGAAACUUAAGAUUCUUCAGCCAGUGCUCUGCAUGUGUGAGAAUAUGAGGUUCUCGGUGGACCACCUGUCUGAUGUUGGAGAUUUGCUCAAGACUCUUUGUGAAUUCAGAUUACUGAGGGAACUAAGAGUUCAGGAGGAUGAAUACAGUGGUGAGAGUCCCAGAUGGUCACUUGACCUGUCUGUUGAACAGGAGGAUUACCUGUUGUCUUUCAGCUCCUCAGAGGAGAAUCCAUCACUUCCAGCAGUCUUAAACAUCAGUUUUACGUGUCCACAAUCAGAGAUAUCUAGCAAUGACUGGGCAUUCUUCUUACAGAGACUCAGUGAGGCAGAACAAUUUGCAGAAGACUCUUCAGCUCUUGAUGAGUUUGUUUUUUUGCUGCUGUCUUCAUUUUACUUUGGCGGUCUGAAAAAGUUGAAUCUGAAGCUGGUCAAUCUGAAUGAGAGCUGGGCUUCUGGGAUCAUUUCCCUUGUCCAGACCUGCACCAGUCUACAGCAGCUCAUUAUUGAGGAAUACAGUGGCUAUCCUAGAAGUCUCUCCUCAAGUUUCAUUAUAUCAGUUUACAGUGAAGACAUCAGGUUUGAUAUGAGGCAUCGGCAAAGGACUGAGUCUCUCUCAAAAAUCUCUCUAACUUUUCCAUGCUCAGCAUUCAACAGCUCUGACUGGAAAAUCCUCUUUCAGAGAUUCCAUGAAGUGUCUAGAUACCAACAAAAUUCUCCAGAGUGUAAUGAGCAAGCGGAUGCUCUGUUUUGUUUCUUGCACUCUGUGUGUGAUCUGAAGAGCGUGGAGCUGAUCAUCUUCAGUCUAAAUCAGAGCUGGGCUCUCAGGAUUCUCACUCUCAUCCAGGCCUGCAGCAGUCUGCAAGAAAUCCGUGUCCAUGCCACUAGUUUGCUACUGGAGGUGGGACUUGAGUUUUUGUAUGAAUCAUUGAGAGAUUCACACUGCACUGUGAUCAUUGAAGGGCCAACCAUCUCUGACUCUGAACCACCUGGACUGGAUGUUCAGCCACUCCCAGUGUGUCAGUCUUGUGUUCACAUUGUUGAUUCUGAUCAGUGGGUUCAGGUGGAGCCGUCAGUCUUUACAGAUGAAGAAGGGUCGGAGUUCAGGAUCAGCACUCCGGCGGGUCGAUUCGAGUGCAGCAGGACCAGAAUACGAUGGGUCUGCGUUGGUGAUGUCACUCUCCAGUACCGUGCAGUGGAUGGACGUUUCCUCAGUGCAGAGUUGGAGAAGCUUCAGUGUGAGAAAAUUGGUCCUGUGAUUGAUGUGACAGUGAUCUCAGGAAAACUGGAGGAGGCCCAUCUACCUCAUUACGCCUGUUUAGCGGAGUCAGACCGAUCUCUCACAGAAAGUGUGAAGGUGCUCAGUGUUGAAGAUGAUGGAUUAACCUUUGAAUCAGUGGAGUUGACUCGUUUUCAUGCUAAAAUACUCCAGCCGUAUUUUUCUCCUAAAACAGUGCUUAUGAAACUAGGGAUAUCAGUGAAAGUGCACUGUGAUCUACUGAUCUUCAUGACACAGAAGAUCCCUAUCAUUCUCCACGUGUAUUUUUUCCCAUCAGAUUCACUUUUUAAAGAAAAAAUUAAGGUUGAGGAAAAAUCAAGUCAACCAAUCAAGUGUCCAAGACCUGAAACCCCACUGCGGAUGAUGAAACGACACAGUCUUGAGGUUCCUGGUGCUUCUGUCCAACCUGAAGAGAUCAAACUUAGAGGAGACAUCGACCCAAACUUCUUUAAGGUCAAACAUCCUGUGGGCGAUGACAUUAAAAUGUCUCUCAGCCAAGUGUGUGAUCAGAAAUCGGUUUGGACUGCAACAAUUUGGAAAGAAGAAUUAGCUGAAGCAACUGCAUGCAAAGUCGAGUCUAGUCCGUUCCAACCAGGGAAAAUUCAAAUGAAACCACAAGUGUCUGUCAACUUUGAUAAAGUUAAGUUUUUUGAUAGAAAUUGGUCUGCUCUUAUUAAAAGUGUUGAGAAUGUGAACGCCAUUGCAGACAAACUGCUUCAGGAGCAGGUCAUUAAUGAGGAAAUGUAUUCUAAAAUCACACAUCCGACUUCAACUAAAGAAGAAAGCAUGAGAGAGAUCUGCAGCAAAGUGCGUAAAAGCAGCAUCGCUGUGAAAAAUCUCUUCAUCUCUAUUAUUCAGGAAGAGGAGCCCAGCCUUUUAAAUGAGUUGCAUUUAUUGGACUCUUAGCUUUAAAACGUUAAUGUGCAGUGAAGAAAGAAAUGUGUUUGUAUAUUUUUAUACAUUUCAUAGUAAAAAUGUCCAUAGAGAAGGUUGGGGAACAAUGUAUGUGCAAAUGUUUUUUAUGUCACGC